AUGCAGCCCCAGCAGCAACUCUCGCAGAUAGAAAAGUCCGUCACACACCUGCUCGUUGCUACAAAGCAGCUCCUCGAGACGUUGACGCUAUGGUCGCGCGGGACCGCCACCGAGAGCGAGGUCUCCGAUGUCUACGUGCGUCUGGGAUAUGAAUUCAACAUCGCGUCACGCGCCUUCAACGCAAUCGGCGUCGACACCAACGAUCUCGGAAACGUUCCCGAAUUACUGCGUGGCAUACUAGAGGAGACGCUGAGCCAGGAAGCAUCGCAGGCGAGCCUCGACAACUUCCUACCGCGGAUACGAGACAUCAUAAUAAACCUCCUGCACGGGCUGAAGAAGAAGCAACAGCGGUUACGGCAGCGCACAGGAAGAGAUGGCUCACUCAACGGUGGUGGAAGUCCGCGACAGGGUAGCGUUGGGAGUAGUGGUGAAGUCGAGGAGCAUCAACAGCCAAGAUCAGCGAGCCAAAGACUACCUUCAAGAGGCGACAGCCCAGCGUUUGGGGGCCCUGACCUCCCACCGCGCUCAUCUUCAGUAGCUGGAGGGCGGGCCUCUCCAAGCAAGUACGAUGCUCUCCCUUCAAACCCGAAAGCGAACCGCUCGACUGCCGCAAGCCAGCUAUCCACAGACUCUUCCAUAUCGAGUGGCACCGCUCAGCAGAUGCCAGUCAUUGCCCCAUAUCCCGCGGACGAUGCCAUGCCCAAGACACCCGAACCUCCACGGCCCAACUACCCCGUCGACUUUCCUCCACCUCCACCUCCACCGAAACAAGAAGAUGCGCUGGCAGCACUGCAAAGAGGUGGUGAGCUUGAGCGGAGGGCUUCACGACGAUUUUCGGCGUACCAGAUCCAGAAGCACCUUGGAACAAAUGGCAUACCGCUUCCGCCAGUGCAGAAUUCGCCCAUACCGAAUAGGGGACGGGAUGUACGCGAAUCCAUGAAUGCAGUUCGAACGAGGGCAUCCAUGAUGCACAACCGCCAGCGGUCGAAUCAGAGUCUAACGCAACAGAGACCCGCUGUCGAAACCAAGUUUUCCUUCGAUCAGCCCAACGAGAGACGCAUAUCCGAAGAAAGUUCUCAAAGCACCGCACCAAGCAUUCUGCCGCCUAGAGAAGGUGGGCCCGAAGACAGCCCUGUGCAGAAGACGCCAGACGAUAAGCUCGCACAGCCAAGAUUCCCAGAAGGCGACCAGCUUUCACUAGGUGCUACUCUGAACGGUCCAUUAUCAGAGCCGGCUGAGCUUGGGUCUGCAUCGCCAGUAAAAGAAGAGUCGACCAGGCCUACAGCUAACCGCAACAGCUCUUACAGAGCCAAGACACCUUCUCCACAACCUUCACAAUUCAUCCCAGAACAAUCGCCUCAGCAAGGAAAAGAGCUCACCUUGUUUCUCCAAUAUAAAAGCAAGAUCAAGAAAUACGUCUUCACGGAUGGCGCUGAGCUCUCCUCUGCUCGUCUACAACUGGCUUUCAUCGAGAAGUUUGCCUGGGAUACCCACCGUUACGGCGAUCUGCCCGAGAUCCAUAUACAAGACCCUGUUUCUGGUGUGCGAUACGAGCUGGAGGAUAUUCACGAUAUCAAAGAUAGAUCUGUACUCGUUCUGAACGUAGAGCAACUCGACGAAGUAAAGAGUCACAUCGACGAUAAAUUUGGCGGGCUAAGCAAAUUGGUCGAGAGCAUAAAGACAGUAGUCGAGGAUCAGCAAGCAACUAUACAACGCGUGGCCGAACGUCAGCAGCAAACGACAAAGGAAAUCGCAGGCAUCUCAGCGGCGCCUCUCUCUUCAGCUCGCAACUCGGCACUGCUACCCUCCCGGCCUAUUGCAAUAGGCUCACCUUCCGAAGCAAAUAUCACCUCAGCCACACAACUAAGUGAAGUGCAGUCGCUGCGUCGUGAUUUGGCAGUUGUUAGACAGACAUAUUCGUCUUUUGUGUCGGAUAUACAGGCCAGCAUGUCGACGAUACGCACAAAAGCCAGCGCUGUCAAAUCAACUGCUAUUAAGGCUGCCUUGCCCUCACUUGACGGAGACAGUGGUCGCGCUUACAUUAACACUGGCAAGAAAGCCCUGCAAGAUGACUCGGAGAAGAUUGUCAAUAGGGUCGACGACCUGCAGGAUCUGGUCGAGGACCUCAGGAAGGACGUCGUCCUGCGCGGUGUGCGACCUCUGCCCCGCCAACUUGAGACUACCGCAAAGGACCUGUCGACAGCCACCGCAGAGCUCAAGAAGCUGCAGGAUCUCCUAGCCAAGGAGAAACCUCUCUGGACCAAGAUUUGGGAGCAGGAGCUACAGACUGUUUGCGAAGAGCGAGAUAUGCUCACCAUGCAAGAAGAGCUCGCAGCCGAUCUGCAGGAUGAUCUUGAGAAAGCUGCACAAACACUUGAGUUAGUCGAGCAGGCGACCAAACAGCAGAACCUUGAAAGCGAGAAGGAGGCUGGAAAGGGGAUGCGCUCCGCCAGCGGUCGCAACAUGCUCAAUGCAGUCGCCCUCGACAAAGCUGUGGAUCCACGCCAGGCUCGAGAUGGCGUGCUCGGAGAAGUCAAAGCCCUGCAACCAAAUCACGAAGGCAGGCUUGAGGCCAUCGAGCGAGCUGAAAAGGCGCGACAGCGUGAUCUCGAGACUAGGAACGAUGAUGAGUUCAAGCGCGAGCUUGGAAACUUCGUCGAAGAAGGCAAGCUCAAGAAGAGCGGUGGUGUCGAGGAAGCAGAGCGCCUUCGCAAAGCGAAAGACGAGCGCGCGCGAAAGGAGAAUUUCGAGCGAGAAGCUGCAAGACAAAGAGCCAAAGCAGAGAAACAGCAGAGAGAAGCUGAAGCUGCCGCUGCCGCUGCCGCUGCCGCCGCGGCUGCAACAAACGGCGAUGGUGCUGAAGGCCAAAACGGAGAGGCUGAAGCCCCAGCAGAAAACCCAGAGGAGGCCAAGGGAGAUGAAGGUGGUCCUGCCUAG